AUGGAUUGGACCAUGAUUUCGGGGUCUAGAGAUGAAAGUCUCCAUGCGGCGAGGGAUUACUGGCGUCGACUGAAUGAAUCCGAGUGUUUCGAUAUCGAGGGAAUCGAAGCACCACCAGGUGCCAUUGCACUGAUACCCUACGACUGUCAACUGCCUAAUAGUUUCCAUCCUCUUCCUCUCUGGGUCAAGCUUUAUGCUAGUGCGGGGCUUCAUCGAUUCAAUAUGUUGGAGGUUCUAGUUAAUGAACGAAGUGUCGGCAAGUUGAAUAUAAUCGUUCCGAUUGCUAGACCUAAAGGUGUGACCACCAACGAGCGCUUCAUACCUUGUGAUUGUUUUUCAGUGGAUGAUAAGUUGCCUCAGUGGCCGUCACAUGAUUCUUUCAAUGAUAGAAAACGAUUUUACUCGGUGAAGGAGUCGGAAUUGCAAAACAAUGAUUGGAUUAAUCUGUAUUUGGAACUUGUACUCUGUGCAAUUCAAAAGGUCAGAAUCUCAGAUAGCGAUCUGUCCAAGCUGAAGAUUGUGAAAGCGGUGAUAGAAACCAAGGAAGAUAUGGUGCCCCCAAAUGAGAGACUCAACGCCAAAACUGCAGUGGUCUACAUAACUUUUAAGGGAUUGGCCAAUGCUCGUAUUGCUGCUGGUGAGCAUUAUGAACGUAAAGCUAUCAUUAGAAGAAUCUUCAAUGAGCAUACAGGUCACUUGUCUCUCCUUGGUGAUUUGAUUGGAGAGAAAAAGUUCGUAAACAUUGACCCUGUUACUUAUUUCAACUCUCCCGCGUAUCUAGAAGACAUCACUCACGAGCUGCCGCCGGAGUCGCCCUGGAUGGAUAUUUUGGCGGGAACAGGGUCCAUGGAUCAGAUAGAUUAA